AUGGAACAGCAAUCUAAAGAGGAAUUUGUAAAUUUAUUAGACUGUUUUGUUUCAAUUUGUAGCAUGCCUUUGAGAGAAAGAAAGGCAAGUGACUCAUUCUUGAAGUCAGACUCAUAUUUGGCAAUAUUCUCAUGCCUUGGAAAAUUACUAAGAUUAUCUGUGGCUUGUGUCAAACCAAUUUUGGUUAAUGUUUCAAAGGCUGUCAAGCAAUGCAGCAUUCUAGACGAUGCACUGUUUUUAAUCUCUCAAAUGCUUAAAGAAAAAGAGACUGUAGAGUCAGAGUUGUUCAUAGAAACCACGAAUGUUGUCUGGAGUUUAUCUAGAUACGAAGAAUAUGCGGAAAAACUGACAAGAGAGGGAGGAGUGAGGUUGUUAAUCGAUGUACUUAACUCAGCAAAUUUUUCUGAUCUUGUAGUAUUUAAAGUGAUUGACACUAUUUGGAACGUAAUAGAAAUUUAUCCAAAAUCUACAUUAUACAUUGGAGAGAUUAACUGUGUGACAACAAUGUUCAAGUUGAUUCAAGAAAUCAAUUUGAAAGGAUUUAGGACGAAAGACAAAGAAUUGAGAAACGAUAUUCUUAUUAUUUUUUCCUUCCUAGCGAGAGAACCUGAAAAUCAAAGCCUUCUCAAGGAAUGCGGACUUUUGGAAUAUCUCGCUGCUAUUUCUAUUGGACUCGAACUGUAUCCGGAAUCAGUGACUAUAUCAUACUCUGUUUCUACCAUUUCUAAUGAGGAUUUUGAAAUGAAGAAACUAGCAUGGACCAUUUUGUUUUAUCUAACAUUUAACAAUGAGUGUCUAACAUUGGCUAUCGAGCUUGGAUUUGUAACAAUUUUACUUGAGUGUAUGAAAAUCGACAGUGUGGCGAUGAGGAAAUGGAACGAUAACCAACGUUUUGAAUUGAAACUUCUUGCCUUGAAGAUUUUGUUUCUUCUCUCCGUUCGAGUACCUGAAAGUUUUUCAAAAGACCACGGCUCAGAAAUUUGCUUAGAACUUUUGCGAAACUCAAACGAAGAGUCCAUUAUCAGCUCAUGUUUUAACACUCUCAUGAAUGUUUCAACCCAAGAAAUAGGCUGUAAAGACUUGUUUCAAGCAAAUGCGAUUCAAACAAUGCUUGAAGCAUGUGCGAACCAUUCUCUCUCGUUGAGUUCUAGAACAGAUGCUGUACGAAUUAUUUCCAAUAUUUGUUCAUUUGUGAAAGAUGCUAGUGAAUCGUUCAUGCAAAAUGGAGGAGUUGCAAAAUGUUACAUCUACUUGAAACAAGCAUAUCAGAGGCACAGUACAUUGAAAAAGGUUGGUUUCACUUUUGUUUGUAUUAUUAAGGGCCAUUCUUACCUUCUAAUUUCCUAG